ACAAACUUUAUCAACGUCACUCCUCUUCUCCAAGUCUCGCGAUAACACACCUGAGCGGCUCUGACUGACUCUGUGGGCUCGUGUCACCUGGGAGUCGGGACAGGAGCCGGAGACCGGCGACGAGAAGCGAACGUCCACGGACACGGUCAUGUAAUGUCCUGCUGCUGUCGUGCUCCCUGUGACAGUGAGGAUGUCUGUGAACGAAGACGGUUACGUGGUCCGGAUCAGGGGACUGCCCUGGUCCUGCUCUCAGGAGGAGGUGGCCAGCUUCUUCUCUGACUCUGACAUCAUUGGGAAGGUAAACGGAGUGUGUUUCACCUACUCUAAAGAAGGCCGUCCCAGUGGAGAGGCGUUUAUUGAGCUGAAAUCAGCAGAGGAUUUCAAGGAUGCUCUCGCCAAGGACCGUAAAUACAUGGGACACCGAUACAUUGAGGUGUUCAAGUCAAACCGUAGUGAAAUGGACUGGGUGCUGAAACGUAGCGGUCCUGCCGACUACGACAGCUGCAGUGGCUGCAUGCUGAGACUCCGAGGUCUGCCCUUUGGCUGCAGCAAGGAGGAGAUCGUUCAGUUCUUCUCAGGGUUGAGAAUCGUGCCAAAUGGGAUUACUCUGCCAGUGGACUACCAGGGGCGGAGCACAGGGGAAGCCUUCGUGCAGUUUGCCUCAAAGGAGAUAGCAGAAAAGGCUCUGGGGAAACACAAGGAAAGAAUAGGGCACAGGUAUAUAGAGAUAUUUAAAAGCAGUCGCAAUGAGAUCAGAGCCUACUACGAGCUGCCCCGCCGGGGGAUGGGAGGCCAGAGACCAGGACCCUAUGAUAGACCCAUGAUGGGGGGCCCAAGGGGUGCGUUUUUUGGGCCCGGGCUUGACCGUGGUGGGACUCUGAUGAACACAUUGAGGAACGGAGGAGGUUAUGGAGGAGGUUACGGCGGCUUUGACAGUUACAAUGGUUUCAACAACUACUGUUUUGCCAACGGCAUGUUUGAUGAGCGAGGGAGAAUAGAGAGGGGAGGAAGAGGGAUGGGAGGCCACGGUUAUGGUGCUCAGGCUGAUGGUGGCUCAGGCUUUCACAGCGGCCAUUUUGUCCAUAUGAGGGGCCUCCCUUUCCGUGCCACAGAGGGAGACAUUGCUAAGUUCUUCUCUCCUUUGAAUCCACUGAGGGUCCACAUUGAUGUGGCUCCUAACGGCAAGUCAACCGGAGAGGCAGAUGUGGAGUUUCGCUCCCACGAAGAUGCUGUGGCAGCCAUGUCCAAAGACAAGAACCACAUGCAGCAUCGCUAUAUUGAGCUGUUUCUCAACUCGACAGCCAGUGGAGCAGCUGAAAUCAGUCGUGGCGGCGGCGGUGGUUACUACAGUAACUCAGGAGGGGGUGGGGGCUUGAGGAGCAGUGGGCUGCGAGGCUCAUACUGAUGAAGUCGUCCUGCACUUCCAGUCCAUCCUGGCGUUUUGUCUCACAUCUCUUUUGGCAACAUUUGUUCGGCCAAAGUUUCUAAGCAGGAAAACUCACUUGUUUAUUAGGUUAAAUCCAUUAUUAUUGCUGUGUGGUCGUUGUAUAACUUCACCUGUACUAAACCAAAUAGAAGAAGCACUAUUAUCACACCAUUCCUAAAAGCAUAUGAAGAACAGAGCAACUCGUCAAUGUCAAAUGUUGGAGCUGUUGUAGGUGCUGAACAUGGUAAAUGGAUCGUUGUUUCAAGUGGAUAUUGUAGUAUAGUUUUUCAUGAAAUGCAUUUUCUAUACCAAUCAAACACCGGUUUAUUUUUUUUCUUCCAAUUUCUGAAUUGGAUUGAACAGUCAGUAACUUAAAGUGUUACAGUUUUUAGUGACUUUAUUGAGAUGCACUUUAAUUCAACUUGUUACAUCUCACUUGUGGGCAAGAGCUAUACAUCAGUAGAGAUGCAGCAGCGCGGUGGACCUUCAGACUAAACAGCCUUGGAGUUUUGUGUGAUACACAAGAAAAAGAGCGACAGACGUUGAUGAGACGUUGAGGUGAAUGAUGCUCUCUAGGAGGCUGAGCAGAGAAGCAACGUAAAAAAUAAACAACGCUAGGUAAGGAAUUCAGAUAUUUUUACUUUUUAACACAUUUAAAUCGUUGUUGAUUCCAGUAAUAACUGAUCUUCAGCAGAACAUUUAACCCCUGUGAACUUUUAAAAUCUGAUUUCAGAUUAGCUUUCCUGCUUUGAAAAGUCUGCUAAAUGUGAGGCAGUUUUUUAUGAAUGUUUUCACAGUUCAUUAAAUAAGUAAACUAAGUUGAAUAUUACGUUCCACUCUCAAAGAGUAGAAGUAAAAUAAAGUCUCUAUAUUUGAGCUGUAAGAUAGCUUAUACAGCUGUUGUACAUUUUGCCUAAUAAAUUUUAUAUUUAAUUCUC